CGCAGACGCCCGCAGGCUUGGAGCGACUGUCAGGGCAGCCCGGCGUGCGGAGGCGGCUUGAGGAGGCGGGAAGGCGGCAGUGGUUGAAGGGGCAGUAGCUGAGUUGCGGAGAGAGGUCGGAGAGAGUGGGCAGCUAUGGUGAUGGCCGCAAAGAAAGGUCCAGGUCCCGGUGGCGGUGGGGGGAAGGCGGAGGCGGAGGCGGCCUCGGAGGUGUGGUGUCGCCGGGUGCGGGAACUGGGCGGCUGCAGCCAGGCCGGGAACCGCCACUGCUUCGAGUGCGCCCAGCGCGGGGUCACCUACGUGGAUAUCACCGUGGGCAGCUUCGUCUGCACCACUUGCUCCGGCCUCCUGCGAGGCCUGAACCCUCCUCAUCGAGUCAAGUCCAUCUCCAUGACAACUUUCACUGAGCCUGAAGUAGUAUUCCUGCAGUCCCGGGGCAAUGAAGUUUGCAGGAAGAUUUGGUUGGGUCUUUUUGAUGCUCGGACCUCUUUAAUACCAGAUUCCAGGGAUCCUCAGAAGGUGAAAGAGUUCCUCCAGGAAAAAUAUGAGAAGAAGAGAUGGUAUGUCCCCCCAGACCAAGUCAAGGGGCCCACUUAUACCAAAGGCAGUGCCUCCACCCCUAUCCAGGGCUCCAUCCCAGAUGGGAAGCCCCUGCGGACACUUCUGGGUGAUCCUGUGCCAUCUCUCUCAGCUGCUGCCUCCACCUCUAGCCAGUCUCAGGCACGGUCGGCCCAACCCCGGAGCUCUCAGCCACCUGCCCACUCCUCAGUCAAGAAAGCCAGCACUGACCUGCUGGCUGACAUCGGUGGAGACCCCUUUGCCGCCCCCCAGGUGGCACCAACCUUUGCUGCAUUCCCAGCCUUUGGGGGCCAGACACCUUCCCACGGGGGCUUUGCCAACUUUGAUGCCUUUGGCAGUAGCCCCAGCUCUUCUGCAUUUGGAAGCAUUCCUCCGGCUGGCCACGCCCCGUUCCAGGCCCAGCCAACACCCGCAGCCAGUCGGAUGUUAACUGGAAGUUACAGCUUUGGGAGCAGCCAGGUGACUCCAUUUGGUGCCUCUCCUCUUGCACCUGCCAGUCAGCCGAACAGCCUUGCAGACAUGGGCAGCCUCCUGGGGCCAUCAGCUGGAGGGAUCCCUGGCAGCAUCUUCGGGAUGCCCAGCCAGGUCCCCAUGCUCCAAUCGGCUGCAACCAGUGGAAGCAGCACCACAGGGCUCGCCUUUGGAGCUUUCACCAACCCUUUCACGGCGCCAGCAGCUCACCCACAGCUGCCUUCCACCAACCCCUUCCAGACCAACGGCUUGGCCACGGGGCCGGGUUUUGGGACCAGCAGUGCUGGACCUGGCUUCCCCCAGACAGUGCCACCCACUGGGGCAUUUGCCAGCACUUUCCCGCAACCGCUGUUCCCCCCACAGACUUCCAUGACUCUGCAGCAGAAUGGCUCUUCCUUCAGCGACUUAGGAUCAGCUAAGCUUGGUCAGAGGCCACUGAGCCAACCAGUUGGGAUCUCCACCAACCCCUUCAUGACUGGACCCUCAUCAAGCCCAUUUGCCUCCAAGCCUCCCACCAACCCCUUCUUGUAGCACUGUGUCCUGGGGGGCCUCUUCCAUGCCCUCUGGGGCCCCUCUACCCCCUGGAGCUCUGGUGACCACUUGCCUGUGGCAUUUCUGUGGAUCUGAGACCAGAUUGGGCUUUGUUUUACAGGGAUGGGUCUUGGGGAUGGUGAGGUGCUCAUGCUUUGCUUGGGGCUUGCAGAUAAAAGGGCAACUUUGUGGGUCCACUGCCCCUCCCCCCCAAGGCUUCCUCUCUUCUUCCCUCCAGCCCCUACCCAGGCAGAAGUCCCAGGAGAAGAGACUGCAGGCCUGGCCUAGAGAAGCAAUCGUGUUUCAAUUCCCAGAUUAUUAAUUACGAUGACAGAAUCCUCUUCCUCUCCUGCCCUCAGCACACACAGCACCCACUCAGCUCCAGCCCCUGGGUGGAGGACUCUGUGCAUACAGAUUGACCUGAGCGCCCCUGUGGAAACAACUUUUCCCAAGCCCAACUUCCCAACCCUGUUCACCUUGGGAACAGAAGCGCAGUGGGAAAAGUAGGUAAAGGUGAGGAUGAGGCUGGUGUUUGGAGAGACAAUGAUCAAAGAGUCCCAAAGGCCCUUGGUGCCCAAAUUGAGCCAGGGCACCCUUUCUCCCCACCCUACUGGGCAAGGAGGCUUCCACAGUUUUGCUUCCCAGCUCCCUUCCUCAUCCUGGGCCUUCAGGAUGGAUAGUUUUACCUGCAUACUUUCACACACCCAACUCCCAUCAAGCACUUUAGUUAGCUGUGGUGUCAUGUUUGGAUACCAGUGUUUUAUAUUUAUACAUAGAGAGUUUUCUAAUAUAGCCUAUUAUAUAUACACACACACAUAGAGAUAUAUUACUCAGCCACCAUUCUUCCCAGAUAGCUCUUUUAUAUGGGGAGCCGGAUGAAUCCCCAUCUGUGCCUCGACCAGCAAAGCCGAGCUCCAGGGGAUGGGGGCGGGCAGCCACAUGUCCCCAGCACCUCAGAGCCGAGGCUUUUCCAGGGAAAGGUUUUGUGCAAUUGGCUGUUUCUGUUUUUUUUUUUUUUUUCCUUUUUUCCACGUGCCUCCCCUGCCCCUGAAUCUGCACCAAAGCUGUUGCUGGCAAUGUUGGAAAAGAACUGCAUUUGAAAGAAAAAGAAAAUGGCUCUCCUGGUUUUGGUUUGGGUGAGCUUGAGGGGCUGCCUGUCGAUCACAUGACUGAUCCUGGUGGCCUGAGCCCUGAUGAUGCCACCUCCUUCAGCUAAACACAACUCACUGCCAGUCAGCCAGUCCCUGUGUGAACUGGAGUCCUGCAUUAUGGCAGAAGUUAGGGGGUCAGCCAGGGGGAAUGGGGGGUGCAUUCCCACCGGGUUGGGGGUAGGCAGAGAGCUAAGUGCCAGCACAGAUGCAAUAGGCCACUGCCCAGUCUGGUGCAGUCUCAGUGGUUCGAGUCUCCACCUGAGGAUGUUGUGUCAACAACAGUGGUGUCUGGGUUGUUUGUGUGGUGACAAGACAGCUGGCUUGGGCUAAACACCUCACCCGACAGGCCUGGGAUUCAACCUCCCUCUUGCACCAUUGCCCAGAAAAUCCUGGCCCUUUAGCUGUUCAUUCUUGGGAUUUCUCUGGGUCAUUUCACCUAAUGAGAAAGGCGGGGACUAUGUUGUCACUUUAUUUACUUUGCGGACUUCUCUUAAAAUACCUCCAGCUGCUGCUAUUUGUCCAGCCAGGUGUGGUCUCCCCACCUUUUCCAAAGCUCAGUACCUGGCCUGACUCAUGUCUGUGUUCCUGUAUUCCCAGCUCCUGCCCUGUCUCCUUGCAGGGUCUCCCAGUGUGGAUUGCCCUCCUUUCACCCCUGAAUUUGCUGUGUUCUUUGUUCCCUUCUUUGCCACCCUUGAUCUCUGUCCUAUUUCUGUUUCCCAUUUUCUGCUCAGAGCCAGAAAGGGGAGGAUAGUAGGAGGAGCUUUUUCCUUUUCCCCAGCCCCCCCUUUCCUAACUAAAAAUACUGAAACUUAAAGGACCCAAAGUUGUGUCCUCUUACUGUUUUGCUCACACUACUGGGCCCUGAUCCUCCCUGCAGGACUGCCUCCCAGUCACUCUGUCCCACAUGGACUCUAGCCAGUUCACUGGCCAGAGCUGGAUGACCCCAGCUAGGCUGGCCUCAGA